UAUUGAACCAUUGCUACCAGAUCUUUCCUUUCCCAUCACCGGCUGCGUGCCAAAGGAGGACGAAGGUGGAAGCAAAGCUCCGCCAUUUUUUGGAUAAAGACGGAAGAAGGAGAAACCCCAGACUCCCGAAGCAACUUGGGAGGCAGUUGCGGAUAGAAAGAGAGAUGGCCGCACGAGCUUUUUCAAUCAUCUCUUCCCCUAUUUUCCCUUCCUCUUCACUAACGAAGAAACCCACCAUAAUCUCCUCUACCUCAUCGCUCUCCCUAAAAUUGUUCUCCUCCUACUUCUCUCCGCUUUCCGGGUCUUUAUUUGGAGAAUCCGUCUACCAAUCCUUCCGGCCACGAAUCGUCUCUACGAAGCAAAGCCUUUUGCAGUCAGCAAUGGUUCUCUCUGUGCUGCCCACCGCAAAAUCAGACAGAGCGUCGGCUGACAAAAUCCCUAAGUGGUCGGCGAGGUCAAUCAAGUCCUUCGGAAUGGCGGAACUGGAAGCGAGAAAGCUCAAGUAUCCAAACACUGGGACUGAGGCUCUUCUCAUGGGAAUCCUUGUUGAGGGGACAAGCAGAGCUGCAAGGUUUCUACGUGAAAAUGGUAUUACAUUAUUCAAAGUACGUGAAGAAACUGUCAAAUUACUCGGGAAGUCAGACAUGUAUUUUUUCAGUCCAGAGCACCCACCCUUGACUGAACCUGCUCAGAGGGCGCUUGAUUGGGCCGUUGAUGAGAAGAUAAAAUCAGGUGAGGGUGGCGAGAUUACCACAACCCAUAUGCUUCUCGGUAUAUGGUCAGAGAAGGAGUCAGCAGGCCACAAAAUACUUGCUUCCCUAGGCUUUGAUGAUGCCAAAGCCAGCGAGCUUGCAAAAUAUGCAAACGAUGAGUUUAGCUUGAGCUACAGGUAGCAAGAAAGAUUUGUUCUGUAUUUAUUUGUUGUACCGUUAAAGUUGAUGUUUUUGAACUUUAUUCAUUGUUCUUUUCAUUUGCUACAAAUUUUCCUUCCUUUCUGUAUGAUGAUGGUGCAUGAUUUUAAUUGCUAUUCUGUAUUGU